AUGGCUCCUCCUCGCAAAAAGGCCGAACCGAGAAAGGAGGAGAGCGAGAACGAGAGCGAGAGCGCGAGCGAAAGCGGGAGUGCGAGCGGCCAGGGAAGCGGGGAUGAAAGCGCAAGUGAGAGGAGUGAGGGUUCCGACGAGGGGUCUGACAGGGACAGCGACGCGGAGGAAUCGGGGGACGAAGGAAGUGAAACUGAAGCAGAGGAGGAGGAUGGGGAGAAGAGUGACGAGGUGAGCGAGAGAGACGCGAGAACGGAGAGUGACGUCAGCGAUGCGGACGGGGAUGAGGAGGAAAAUAAUAGGGUUUCAGAUAAGACGGGAGCGAAAAGAGCGGGAGGGUUACGGGGGAAGGAGACAGAUGCAGGAGGGGAAGGGGUUCCAGCCUCACAGCCCGGGUCAGUCCAAUCAGGAAACGCCACAUGUCCUGCUCCGCCUCUCCCUCCUCUCGCCACGUGGCACCCAGCCGUGGCAGCAGCCGCCACUCUCGCGCUUCAGCCCUGGUCCCCUGUUGCCGCCACACUCGUCGUCCUAGGGUUCGCCCUCCUGCUUCUGCGGCAGGUGUCUGCUGUCAUUAAGACAUUAGUAGUCUUAAGAGAGAAGGUUAAUAGGCUAGAGGCGGACGGAGCAAGCGCGGGGGCUGGAGGGGACGGGGGACUGGGUGAAGGGGAAGAGAGCGAGGGGGAGGAGGAGGAAGAGGAGGGAUCGGAGGACGUGCCGGUGCCGCCCAGGCUGGAGUCGGCACUGUUUGAGUUUCGUCCGCUAGUGGACGAGGUGUUGGCUCUGACAGGCGGGGAGGCGUGUGAGAAGGGAGUGGAGAUAGCCGCGCUGGUCAUGGACUCGGUGCCUGCAGCGGUUGUGGGCGAUCCACUCCGACUCAGACAGACAGGUGUGUGUGGUGAGCCCGAGGCUCUGACAAGUGCGUGUGAGAAGGGAGUGGAGAUAGCCGUGCUGGUCAAGCGAGUGGAGAUAGCCGUGCUGGUCAAGCGAGUGGAGAUAGCCGUGCUGGUCAAGCGAGUGGAGAUAGCCGUGCUGGUCAAGCGAGUGGAGAUAGCCGUGCUGGUCAAGCGAGUGGAGAUAGCCGUGCUGGUCAAGCGAGUGGAGAUAGCCGUGCUGGUCAAGCGAGUGGAGAUAGCCGUGCUGGUCAAGCGAGUGGAGAUAGCCGUGCUGGUCAAGCGAGUGGACAAUGUGCCAGCAGCUGUUGUGAUUCUUCUCAACCUCUUCACUGUUGCUGUCCGCCUCACCGAUCGGGGCCACAUCUUCCUCUGUGUGCGUGUUGCCUUCGACGCUCCCCACAAACCAGCAGCAGCAGCAGCAGCAGCAGCAGCACCAGUGGCAGGAUCAGGAGCAGCAGGAGGAGGAGCAGCAGCAGGGGAAGGGGGGGAUGGAGGAGAGGAGGAGAAGGAGAGGGCAGCACGGGGCAAAACGUCUCUCAUGAAGGGCGAGUACCUGACUCUGAGCGGGUUACCAGCAGUGGACGGCAGCAACAGCUGGCCUGCCGUCUGUGAGAUGCUGAAGCAGCAGGAGAACCGACUAAAAAAAUCACCCUCUGGUGGCGCUGCUGGUGGCGCUGCUGGGACUGCUGCUGGGACUGCUUCUGCUCCUGCGGCUGUAGCUGCUUCUGGCAGCGGCAGCGGCGGUGGUGGUUCUGCUGCUGCUGCUACUGCUGGGGGUGCAUCUGGAACCGGGGCAAGGGCAGCGGCGGACAGGAGGAGGAGGGGCAUCCGGCUGGUGUUUAGUCUGGAGGACACGGGGGCGGGGCUACCGGGGGAGGUGCUGGCAGCGAGGGAGCGGCCGUUUGAGGCGGUUCACAUGAAGCUGCAGCAGAAGUACGCGGGCGUGCCGCUGCUGCUCUGCUUUGCUGAGAGGCUCGUGAACUCCAUGUCAGGACAAAUGUCGCUAUCCACGCGCGUCAGCACCGGCACCACCGUCACCUUCGACGUACUCCUGGACCAGCCUCCCCCAGGUGCCCCCUCCCCUGGCACUGGCGGCAGCAGCGGAGGCUCAGCUGGAGGGGUCGGAGCAGUAGCAGGAGGAGGAGGAGGAGGAGGAGGAGCGGCAGCAGCGGCAGGGGGGGCAGUGCCGCGGGUGUUUCACAUAGGGUACGGGGCGAUAGGGGACGAUCAGCACGCGGAGUGUGCGGGGCUGAGGGCGAAGCUGCGGGGCAUGCGGUGUCUGGUGGUGGAUGGGCGGCCUGUGAGGCAGCAGGUGACUGCCACGUACCUGGCCCGCAUGGGCCUCCGAGUUGACCUCUCUGACAGCGUCCCUGCUGCUGCGCUGGCACUGCGACACUCAAGGCACCUCCCAGGUGGGUGA